ACCGCGUCGCGGAAGUGUGUUAUCACGUUGUUUUUGUGUCGCGUGGGGUUCUUCAACAGUUCUGUAAUAUAAGUAUAUUUUCCUGGUAAGGGAUAUAAAUGGAAGAGACUGCGCAACAAGACCUCGUCUUUCUGGAGCUCAGACAGAAGCUGCAAAGUGGCGUUGUGUUCAUUCGCAGUGACGCUGUCAGGGAUGAUGCAGAUGUGAAGAUCGAGUCUAAACAAGACUCCGUCCUGAGUGUCCAGACCCCAGACAGGACCUAUCGGGUGAAGCUAACGCCUGCUGUGAGUCUGCUGGAGACGUCGUGCCAGAGGAGUCCUGGAUACACUCAACACGGAUCACACUUCAGACUGCGGCUCAAGGUGGAGCAGCCGACAGAAGCUCCUUGCAGUGUGAUUGGACAGCUGCGGGUCAAUGUGACGUACUCCUUCCUGUGCCAGUCUUGUGGCUCCAUGGUGCUUCAAGACAGGACUUUUGGGCGAGUUCUUCCUUUGCCCAAUGGAAACUGGAAUGCAUUAGUGGACGACUGGUGCUGCCACCCCGAUCCCUUCGCAAACAAGAAGCUGCUCCCGCGAGACGGAGACUGUCUGGUCGGAGACACGUUUCUUCUGUUGGCUCGGGACAGCAGCUGUGAGCAGACCCUCGUACGGGAAGAGAACUCGCUUCAGAAAGCCUCUGCAGAGCAGAAGCGCAGCAGCAAGCGUGUGAUGGUGUCCUGCAGGAGCUGCUCUGCGGCGCUGGGAGAGGAAGUCACUGCAGAGGUGCUGAAGUUUUACAUAACUGAAAUAUUAGUAAAGCCACGUGAAGAUGGAGAGUGUGAUAUAGCACGUCUCAGUUUAGUGUCCGAGCCUAAUUCAGAAAGGCAGAAAUUCCUGGAGCGAACUCUAGCGGCCCGGCUGGUCGAGCUGUCAUCGGCACAGAGUAUAUUUCGCUUUUCCAUCCAAACCCCAGAUGACAAAGCUGUGAUUUUGCUGUGGCUUCUGAACACAGACGCUCUGGUCGCCUCAUUUCCCGACGCAGCAGCGAGGGGCGACAGCUUCAUAUCCGCAGAUGAGGUUCAUCAGUCAUGCUGGGCCGCUCAAGCAGUCAAAGUGCUGUACAUCCUCUGCUCUGACAGCAAACUCCAAGAUGUUGUGGAUGUCUGGGAGAAGGACAUUAGUGUUCACCCUCUGCCACUCCCUCAGAGCUCAUGUGAGGAGCUCCAGAAGCUUCUGAUGUCCAGCACCUCCAGGCUGCCUGCAUUCCUGCGCUGCAUGAACUCAUAUCAGGUGGCCUACAUGCAGAUGUGAUGCAUUGAGCUCAGAAACCACUGGAGCAGUUUAUCAUCACAGUGCAGCGACACAGGAAGUCAGAUAUGAAAAUCUAUUAAAUGCAAAACAUUACUUUUUUUUUUUUUUUUUUUUUUUUUAAAAAAAAACAAGGUCUGCAUGAUAUUAGAAUGAAGUGGCUCAUAUAUCUUUUUAAUUGGGGACAGGUGUUGUCUAGCUAUCUGUAAAAGUGUAAAUACCCAUCAUGCUUCAUUACAAGCACAUUAAAUAUCAUUCCAUGCACACUUAAAACAUGUUACUGAUAGUUUGGUUCACUUUCUGUCUUAGUAAAAGUGCGCAUUCUCCAGAGUUUAUGAGUUCGCAGCAGUGUGCGAUCCAAUGAGUGACGGGAAACUGUGUUCCCAGACGUGAAUGAGAAAAUAUAUUCAUAGAUCUUUCUGAAUAUGCUCGGAGCUCACUGUGCUUCAUCACACAUCAUGAUGACAGGUGGGAACACACUUUACCUUUAUAAACGUCUGCAUGUCAUCAGGGUCCUACGCUUUGUGUGAAACGCACAGAAAUGUGAUUUACAUCGCUUUAUUUUAAAACCAGCAUAAGAUCUUCUGGUGUUACUCAUUCAUGCAGUGUGAAGAAUUUUGAGGUCUGAUCUGAAUGCCCAAAAAAAACUUCAUGAUGAGAGCUACAAAUAAACAAUAUAGGCAUGAGUUAAUAAGAAGAAAAAGACAUGUUUUGCCACAUGCAGGCCAAAAAACAAACAUAAUAUGAGAACAAGGUUGAUCUGAUCACAUGCGAGCAUAAGAGUAAGUGUGUUUACUAUUUAGUCUUAAAGCUCUAGAGGAGUUACAGUCCGAAAUAUCUUGAAAAACCCAAACACGAGUUUAUGAUUUUCCUGAUUAAUUUGUUAGAUGUUUAUACAACCUGAUUUCCCUCUGAUCAUCUGUGGGUUAGUGUACGAGUACAGUAGAUGUAGAGUUGAUUUUGUGUUUGAUGGGAGUGUUGUUCCAGAAUCAACAUCAGAUGUGAGUGUGUGUAUUCAUAAGUACAGUGAGGUGAUAUUUUGCAUAGGGCUGCAUAAGCUACUAAGCACAUGUGCUGGUGAACUGCGACAGGCAUCUAUGAAUAGCACUACUUCACUAAUUGUAGGAGAAAUGGCACAAAUUCUUCUUUGACAUUUUAUUAGGGCCACUGGCAAAAUAUACAAUUAUGGAAAGACACUCUACAGAUGAUAUUAUACAUCAGGAACUUAAUGGAAGCGUUUGGCUUCAUUCUUCUUGAAUGCUUUCAUAGUUCUCAAUCCUGUGUUGGUAGAUAUUCUUUCUUCAAGUAGAUCCUUCAGUUUUAAGAUUGAGAUGUUGAACACACUCCCAUGAGCAACUUUUAUCCUCAAAAAGCAAAAUAGCAUCAAUCACGCCACUCUAGUGUUGAGUUUGAAAUGCCACUCUGUCUUUCAGAUGAUUCCAUUAUCAUGACUGAACUGUAAGUUAAAAUAACACACAGUCUGCAUUUACAAACAUUUGUGGAAAAAAUGGGUGGUUCUGAAGAGCUCAGUGAAUUCAGUUAAGUAAGGUACUGUUAAGUGUAUUGCAUUUAGGA